AUGCUGACAAUUUUCAAUCUGCUUGUUUUUACAACGAAUGAAUUCAUAGUCAUUCGCUAUCCGCUUCAUUAUCGACGAUACGUUCGACGGAAAACUGUCUUAGCGACUCUCAGCUGCUGUUGGGUCGUUAGUGUAAUUAUGGGUCUUGGAUUGCUUGUUCCGCCAUCGUCGCCUUAUCUUCCCACGACUGACGAGAAGCCGUGGCACAUCGACAUAGCGACGCUGAGCAUGUUGAUGAUUUCCUUACUGUGUUUUCUCGUUCUCGCCAUCGUCGUGGUAUGUUACGCGUUUAUACUCCGCACGAUUCGUCAGUUCAAAGAGGAGAACGGGACGCUGAACAACGAAGACACUCGGCGAGUGCAUCGCAGUUCAAAGAAGGCAAGCUAUGAGUCGGCACAAGUAUAUUUCUAUGUGAUCGGCACAGUUCUGAUUGUUGACCUUCUUUUUCUAUGCCCUUAUUCCGGCAUUCAACUUGUUGCCUUUCUCCAUAUCAAUCACCUCAUCGAAAUCACUCAUAGCAGCACUUUGAUACGAUGGUGGCUUCAGGUGUUCAUCGGUGUUCAUUCGGUAUGUCAACCAUUAUGUUACUUUCGGAUGACCGAAUUUCGGCGGUUAGCAUGCUGCUUGCCCCGAAUGCCCUGGAAUCGUUCUCGAAGUUUCUCGCAACUCAACAGGUCGUACGCCAAUACACGAUCGGUGAUAAGAGAUGAGGAUUUGUUGGAGCCACCGGAGUCGCCACUCAACAGUGAACCGCUGCUGGUUAAGGAACGCAUUAGUCCGGCGCUCGAAAUAUCGCUGUCAGACGCGUGGCCACGCAAAAAGUCCACGUCGUUCCGAACUAUCAGCAAUGGUACGCAGGAGCAAAAAAAGGCCGUCGCAAAUAAUGUCCAGCUUGAAAUGGAUGCGAUAAGCUACGGUUCAAAGCUGUCAGAUCUCUGA